AUGACAGUUCGUUUAAACGAGUUUUCCUUCUCAAAGAGGGACUACCUCGGACACGGUUACGGAAUCCAGUCUACCCCUGACUGUUCUGUUCAUAUCUAUCUAUGUUCAUAUCUAUCUAUCUAUCUUUGUUCGUAUAUUAGUCUGUUCAUAUCUAUCUAUCUAUCUAUCUAUCUAUCUAUCUAUCUAUCUAUCUAUCUAUCUAUCUAUCUAGCCCAGUCUGUUCCUAUCUAUCUAUCUAUCUGCCUAAGUUUCCUUGUUAUACAGGAUAAUGGACAUUGUAGGCGAACAUUGUUUCUUUUUUUAAAUCCAUCCAUUCUUUCUUUCUUUCUUUCUUUCUUUCUUUCUUUCUUUCUUUCUUUCUUUCUUUCUUUUCUUUUACUUCCAGCCAUUCUUUCUUUCUUUUUUAUAUAUAUUUUCUUUCUUUUUUAUUCUCUUUUUUUAUAUAUUUUCUUUCUUUUCUUUCUUACUUUUUUUUUCUUUCUUUUUUUCUUUCUUAUAUUUCUUUCUUUUUUCUUUCAUAUUCUUUCUUUUUAUUUUCUUUUUCUUUCUUUCUUUCUUUCUUUCUUUCUUUCUUUCUUUCUUUCUUUUUUUCCAUUCUUUCUUUUGCUUCCAUUUAUUAUCUUUUUUUCUUUUAAUUCUUUUUUUAUUUAUAUUUUCUUUCUUUCUUUUCUUUCUUUCUUUCUUUCUUUCUUUCUUUCUUUUUUUGCUUCCAUUUACUAUCUUUUUAUUUUAAUUCUUUUAUUUAUAUUUUUCUUUCUUUCUUUCUUUCUUUUUCUUUCUUUCUUUCUUUCUUUCUUUUUACUUCCAUUUAUUAUCUUUUUCUUUUACUUUUUAUUCUUUCUUUUAUUUAUUUUUCUUUCUUUCUUUCUUUCUUUCUUUCUUUCUUUCUUUGUUUCCUCCCAUCUGAAGAGAGCACAAAUACUCAGAUGCCAAUCUAUCCGAAACCGAUCUAUCGAACCCCGCUCUUCCCGAGACAACCAACCAAUCAGCGUUGCCAUCGAAACAAACAGCCUUGGUCCUUAUCUCGAUAGCUGGACACUCCAGUUUCGUUCUUUGUACCUGCCACUUGUAACUUUAAAUCCCCCCCGCCCCGGGCCUGGCAACCUUACCCUCUCUCCGAUUUGCUCUCUCUCUCUGUUUGUUUUCCUUGUCACUCUCACUUUUUCACCCUCUCUCUCUAUUCCGUUUUGUUAUAUUCUUUCUUCAUUGAAACAUUUCAAUAUUCUCCACUUGUCACCUUUCAUCUUCCUUUCAUUCAUUCAUUCUUUCUUUCCUUCUUUCUUUCUUUCUUUCUUUCUUUCUUUCUUUCUUUCUUCUUGCAUUUCUGCUUUUCUGCAUUUCUUACUUUGUGCACUUCUUUAUUCUUCUUUGUUUCUGCAUUUCUUUUUUUCUGUCUUUCUUUCUUUCUUUCUAUCUAUCUAUCUAUCUAUCUCUAUCUAUUUCUAUCUAUCUAUCUAUCUCAGUCUUUUCAUAUCUAUCUCUAUCUAUCUAUCUAUCUCUGUCUAUCAGUCUUUCUAUCUAUCUAUCUAUCUAUCUAUCUCAUUCUGUUCAUUUCAUCCAUCUAUCUGUUCAUCUAUCUAUCUAUCUAUCUAUCUAUCUCUCUGUUCAUCUCAUUCUGUUCAUAUCUCAUCUAUCUAUCUAUCUAUCUAUCUCAGUCUGUUCAUAUCUAUCUAUCUAUCUAUCUAUCUUUCUAUCUAUCUAUCUAUCUAUCUAUGUAUCUAUCUGCAUUUCUGCCCUUCUGCUUUUCUGCAUUUCUUUCUUUGUGCAUUUCUUUCUUUCUCUUUCUUUGUUUCUUUUUUUGUUUUUUUGUUUCUAUCUUUUUGCAUUUCUUUCUUUUAUUUUCUCUAUUCUUUUUAUACUGGGAUUGCAGAAUCUAAAAUGCUGAUUUCCAACUAG